AUCUGAUGAACGUAAACGUCACAUGACCUCCAGAUAAGAUUUGCGGUGGUAGUGUGCGAAAUGAGGAUUUACAUUUAUUCCUGUUCUGUGAUAAUUAGUAUAAUUUUAUGCAAAAUGAGUGUAACAUUGUAUUGAUAUUUAGUUAGGUGUAUACCACAUAUUAUUAAACUGUAUUCCUUCAAUUUACAAAUCAUAUUUUGUUGCUGAUGUGGGGAUUGCCAUGGCACUUAGAAAAGUCAAGGGGAACUUAGAACGUAUGUUUGAUAAAAAUUUAACAGAUUUAGUUCGUGGAAUAAGGAAUAACAAAGACAAUGAGGCAAAAUAUAUUGCCCAGUGUAUUGAAGAGAUCAAGCAAGAACUGCGGCAAGACAACAUAGCUGUCAAGGCAAAUGCUGUUGCUAAACUUACAUAUCUGCAGAUGUUGGGUUAUGACAUUAGCUGGGCAGGUUUCAAUAUCAUUGAGGUGAUGAGCUCAUCCAAAUUUACCUAUAAGAGAAUAGGUUAUCUUUCAUCAUCUCAGAGUUUCCAUUCUGAUACCGAAUUAUUAAUGCUCACAACUAAUAUGAUCCGUAAGGACCUGAAUAGUCAAAACCAGUAUGACUCUGGUCUUGCUUUGUCUGGGUUGUCAUGUUUCAUCAGUCCUGAUCUUGCUAGGGACCUUGCCAAUGAUAUAAUGACCCUGCUGACAUCUACAAAGCCCUACCUCAGAAAAAAGGCUGUUCUGAUGAUGUACAAGGUAUUCCUACGGUUUCCUGAGGCUCUUCGGCCAGCAUUUCCACGCCUAAAAGAUAAACUUGAAGAUCCAGAUUCUGGUGUCCAAUCAGCAGCUGUGAAUGUAGUGUGUGAACUGGCACGCAAGAACCCCAAAAACUAUCUAAGCCUAGCUCCAGUUUUCUUCAAACUGAUGACCACUUCUACUAACAACUGGAUGCUCAUAAAAAUUAUUAAGUUGUUUGGAGCCCUGACCCCAUUGGAACCUCGGCUUGGUAAAAAGCUAAUAGAACCGCUCACCAAUCUCAUCCACAGCACAUCGGCCAUGUCCCUCCUCUAUGAGUGCAUCAAUACUGUCAUUGCAGUUCUGAUCUCAAUAUCAUCUGGAAUGCCAAACCAUAGUGCAUCAAUACAGCUUUGUGUGCAGAAGCUGCGAAUACUUAUUGAAGACUCAGAUCAGAAUUUGAAGUACUUGGGGCUCCUGGCUAUGUCAAAGAUACUCAAAACACAUCCAAAGUCUGUGCAGGCUCACAAAGACCUCAUUAUGCAAUGUCUAGAUGACAAGGAUGAGUCAAUUCGUCUUCGUGCUCUGGACCUCCUUUAUGGCAUGGUGUCCAAAAAGAACCUCAUGGAGAUUGUGAAGAAGCUGAUGGUGCAUAUGGACAAGGCUGAGGGUACAACAUACAGAGAUGAACUACUCUCAAAAAUUAUUCAGAUCUGUUCCCAGAAUAACUAUCAGUAUAUCACAAAUUUUGAAUGGUAUGUGAGUGUGUUGGUAGAUUUGACACGCAUGGAAGGUAGUCAGCAUGGAUUACUUGUAGCUUCUCAGAUGCUGGAUGUUGCAACACGAGUACAAGCCAUCAGACCAUUUGCUGUCCAGCAGAUGGCUCUCCUUAUAGACAAUGCACAUUUAUUAACAGCUCAGAGUUCUACAAUGUCACAAGUUCUGUAUGCAGCGGCGUGGAUAACUGGAGAGUUCUCUCAGUAUCUGUCAGACCCUCAGUCAACACUUGAGGCCAUGUUGCGUGGACGUGUGUUUGCCUUACCAGGACAUAUUCAGGCUGUUUAUGUUCAGAACAUUCUCAAACUGUUUGCUAACAUUCUUAGUCAUACUGAGGAGGAUGAAUAUAUUGAGAGGAUCAAUAAGUUGUGUGAUCUGAUAGCAGAGAACUUGCCACAAUUUGUGUCAAGUGCAGAUCUUGAAGUCCAAGAACGAGCUAGCUCAGCUUUGCAACUUCUGCGGUACCUACAAAAACAAGUCAACAAAGGUGAACUGGGAUUAGCAACAGAAAUGGCAGCACUGUUUGUUGGAGAAUUGAAUCCUGUGGCUCCUAAGGCUCAAAAGAAAGUCCAAGUUCCAGAAGGGCUGGAUCUUGAUUUAUGGAUUAAUGACCCUCCAUCCGAGAGUUCAGAGGAUGAGGAUAUUCCUGGUAUUGGAGCAGUGGACAUAUUUGUUAAGACUGACAAGUUGACGGAUGGAAUGUACAAUGCAGAUAACUACAACAAACAGCCUGAGUUAACAGAGGAAGAACUGGAGAAGCGCCGAGAGGUACGCAAGAUGGAGCAGGCAAACAACCCCCACUAUUUGAAGACAUCUAAUGAUCACAAAACAAACAACAGGCUCAGCAGCACUGUAAUAGACAACUUUGCAGAGGUUCCCAUUGCAGAGAUAGAUCUGCCCGUCCCACUUAAGAUUCCAGGUAUUGCUUCAUCUGACAGUUACCUCAGUUUGGACCGGUCUGCCGAGAAGCGGCACAAAAAGAAGAAAUGGCGAAAGGGAAAGAAAGGUAAAGUGGCUACAAGUGAAGAGGAAGAGGAGAGUGUUGUGCCUGUCCACAUGGUGAAUACGGACAUUGGAGAAAUGCCUGAGGGAGCAGAGGUGUCUGAUGGGGAAGAGCCUGAUUCUCGGCCAAAUGAUGACCCUCAUAAAGCAUUGGAUAUCAAUUUAGACGAGCCUCUGCGAGAUGAGGAAAAACUUCCAGUUCUGACACACCGAAUUGCUGAGUCACCACCCGUGGCUUCAGAAGAACAACGUGGUGGAGAGACAAAGAAACACCACCGCCACAAAGACAAGAGUCGAAGCAAGGACAAGCAAAAGAAGUAUAAGAACAAAUUAAGAGAGCAUCAGAGCAGCAAGAGUAGUCAAAAGGCAGCAGAGAGUGUGGACUUAUGGCUCAACGAGGAUCCUCCAGAUUACCAUGCUGUGAUAUCAGAAUUGAACCAGGAAGAAGCUUACACAAUUAAAAAUACAGAACUGAAAUCUUCUAGAGAAAAGAAGAAGAAAACCAGAGAUGGCAAGAGAGAGAAGAAGAAAGGUCAGGCAAAGUACAAGGAAGGUUAUGAAGAAGCUGCUGGAAUCUCAACACCCUCAAAGGAAGUUGUGGAAGAUGCUGUUACUUCCGAGAUAAACCACCUGGUAUCAGUUGUGCAGCAGCCUCCCCUGUCAACCUAUGUUAGGUUAGCAGGAGACAAAAAUUUGCAUCUGAUGUAUGAGACAAGACUUCUACCGCAUGAGAUUGAUCAGAUUGUAAUUUCCUUCCUGCUAAAUCAAAGCUCUUCUCUCAUUAAGGAAGUGGUUUUCAGCAUGUGUGAUACUCCAGCUGUGAGCUUGCUGAGAAACAGAGACAAUCAGUUUGGGAUCAAGAUGCAAUUCCAACUCCCAGCUAGGUCUAAUAGCGAGGCUCAGCUUGCCUUCCGUGUGGCAGAUGUGACAUUCCCACAUAAAGUGAGGGGGACUGUCACUUAUAUGGUCCAGACUGCUGAUGAGUCAUCCACACAUGAGAAACUUGACUUCUGGUUAAGUUUACCGUGUUCAACUUUCAUGAUUGGUAGAUUGUCACAUCGUGAUACUGUUACUGAUCUGCUGUCUAGUGGCCAACUAACAAAACGGAGGUCCAUGCUCCUUGAUAAUAUUCCAGGAGAAUUUUCACAGAUAUUGGCACAAGUGUGUUUCCACUGCCACUUCAUGCUUGUGGAGCAGAUUGAUGAGACUGCAUCCCUGUACAGCCGCUCCAUUCAAGACCACCACAUCUGUCUUCUGAUUAAGUCUGGAAACAGUGGCAGUGAUGUUCAGGUCUCCUUUGAAGGAAAGAGCAAUUGCGACAUGCUUCUCACUAACAUUCUGUCUGAGAUUGAGACACUCCUCCGCCCUUCAGAACCACUGGAAUCAUCAACAUAACUUCAGUCCACAUGUGAAAGUGGUUGCAGUUCUCAGAUCCCAUUGUAUUUAUUUGUGUCCCAUUUGGUAGAAGAAACAUUUGGAUUACAGACAUUUCCUGUCAUUAUUACCAGUAAUGUAUGUAUGAUUUGUUGAUUGGUUAUUUUUCAAUGUAUUUUGAAAUGCUGUACCAGUAUACUAAGUUGUGGAAUGCUGAUUCUGCUCUAACAUAAUUAAGUGAAAGCAUACUGUAUUAAUUUUACAUUGUCUGAAUCUUAUAUGAAGCCCAAACUGCAUUUGUUUCUGAAGACUGGGAAACCUUGAAGACUUAAGUUUAUAUCAGUUAAAUUAAUGCCAGUGAGAAAAUGUUAAUGCCUUGUUUGGCAUUUAAAUGGCCUACUGCUUAGCUUAUUCUUAAAUGUCUAGUGAUACCCCUUUCCUGGCAUUUUUUCAUGUCAGUGUUUGUGUUUAUUUGCCAAGGCAUUUAAGUUGUAUGAUUCAUAAGGCAGUUCCUUGAAAGUUUAGUAGCUAACAUUCUUGUGCCCUCUUGAUGACAUCUUUAAAUACAAAAGGUAGAACAUUUAAAAAUGAUAAUGAGUUGAUCUCAAUGUUGCUCAGAAUGGAUGGCAUCUUGCCUUACGAAUCAGUCUUGAUAUUCCAGUGCAAGAAUUUGAUGAAACUUGAAGACAUUAUCAUAAAGCAUUGUUAAAACAUUCAUGUGUUUAAAAUAAAUAAGAGUGUGUAGUGCAUAGGAGGUAAUUGCAGGGAAGUUUUAACUUUUUAAGAUGGCUGUCUUUUGGGAUCUUGUGCCAUGUAGUCUGGUAGAUAUUGACCAACAUUUCAGAGGAACUUUCUGGUGCGAUGAUGAUGGAGACGGUAAGCUCCUCAGAAGUGCCAGAUAGUAUCUGUUUGACUACACUUUGCAACAUCUUGUAAGACAGCCAUCUUCAUACUUGUAACUGUGCAUUAAUAGCUGGCGGCAGAAGAAAAAACUGGGAAUUUAUAUGUGUAUAUUUUUGAAAAGUAAAAUAAAUUUAAUUCCAGGCAGAAUAACAUUUUCAUACAAUUACGUUUAAAAAAAAGUACAUAGAAGUUUUUUUUACAUAACAGUGUCAAAAAUGUUAUCUGUUCUCAUAGUAUAAACCAUAUGGUUUAGAAUGAUAAUUAUUUGAAGAUAGCACCAGAAUAAAUAGUUUCAGUCACUAUAACUAUCAUGUUGGUAAUUCAUACUGGUCCAUGCUUUGAAAUAACUGAAAUCACCCUUUGAGUUACUAACAAACUACUAGCUAUUUUGAACAAAUAAAUUGAAGGCAUGGUUAUUACAAUUUGUAGUAAAUAUUCUGUCUUUAGGUUAAAGAGUUAAAGUAUAAGAGCAAAUAUUGACAUUAAAAAAGAAUGAAAUUUGUUUCUUAUUGUUGAUACUCCAAAGUAUGUAAACUAACAAGUUAAUGUACCCCACCAUUUGAAUGCACUAUUUUAUUGAAUACUAUAAAAUAUGUUUUAUAUAUACAGUAUAUUAAAUAUACUAGUAUGUGAGACA